CCCUACCUCCGUUAUUAUAUACCCCUCUGAUAUCUCUCUCUCGCUCUCUCUCAUCCUCUCUAAUGGAGUCACUUGUGCUCUUCGUAGGGCUCUUAGUAUUCUCUCUCCUCCCCUUCUCCUCCUCAAUCACCCCAAAUUCCUCCUUCCUCUUCCUCUCCUGCGGCGCCUCCUCCUCCACCACUCUCUCCCACGACGCCCCUCCUCGUUCCUUCGUCCCCGACUCCACCUACCUCUCCUCCUCCCACCACACCCUCUCCCUCUCCAACCCUUCUUCUUCCUCCUCCUCCUUUACCUGCUCCUACCUUCCCUCUUACUCCACCGCUCGCGUUCACCUCCCUUGCUACCUUACAACCCUCCCUAACUCUCUUCCAUCCCGCGCUCCUUUACGUCCUCCGCCUCCACUUCCUCCCCUUCCCUCCCCUCCCACAACCUUCCCUCGCCCUCUUCGACUUCUUCUCCCCGCGCCCCUCCUCCUCCUCUCCUUCUCCCCUCCCGCCUCCUCCCUCGCCUUCGUCUCCGCCGUCGAGCUCUUCCCCGCUCCCCCCGAGCUCCUCUCCGACCCCCUCCCCACCCCGGUCGGCGCCGCGCCGCUCCUCCGUCCACUCUCGAGCCAGGCCCUGCGAACCCUCUACCGGGUCAACGUCGGCGGCCCCGAGGUCACCUCCGCCAACGACACCCUGUGGCGGACGUGGGUCCCCGACGAACCCUUCCUCUUCGACCCCGACCUCUCCCUAGUCAACUCCACCCCCGCUGGUAACGUCGUCUACGACGCCGCGCUGGGGCGCACCCGGGAGAUCGCCCCGCCGAGCGUCUACGACACGGCCCGCACCGUGGCCGUGUCGCCGCUGCUGCUGAUUUCGAACCCCGACUUCAACGCCAACUUAACGUGGACCUUCCCCGUCGAUCCCGGGUACAGCUACCUCGUCCGGGCCCACUUCUGCGACCUCAUCUCGCCGACGCUGAGCACGUCGGCUAACUCCGGCCUCAAAUUCAACGUGUACGUCAUGGGGCUCUCGGCGUAUCCGAAUCUCAACCCCAGCGACUUCACCAAUCAACUCGCCGAGGCCUUCUACGUCGACUUCGUAGUCGACGCCGACGGGGAGAGCAUCAACGUCAGCGUCGGCAUGUCGCCGCUGAGCUCAAUUCGCAAUGCUUUCCUCAACGGGUUAGAGAUUUUCAAGGUGAACAACUCGGGCGGGCGAAACAACGGACAUAGAUUCCGUACGACGGUUAUCCUUGCCUCCGUUCUCACCGUCGUCGCCGUCGCCAUAAUUCUCGGCGCGGCCAUUUUUGUCUGCCGAAGGUACCGGCUCACGUCCGCGGCGAAAAGCGAGACGACGCCGAUCUCGUCGUGGUCGCCGUACACGCCGGGACGCGUGAAUUCCGUGAGCCUAUCGAGCAAGUCGACGGCCGGGAGGCUCAACCUGGGGCUUCUCAUAUCCUUCGCCGAGAUCAAAUCGGCGACGGGCGGGUUCGACGAGAGGAACGUGAUCGGCGUGGGCGGGUUCGGGAAGGUGUACAAGGGGGUGCUGAACGACGGCACGCGCGUGGCGGUGAAGCGGGGGAUGCCCGGAUCCAGACAAGGAUUCCCGGAAUUCCAGACCGAGGUUGUGGUCCUGUCCAGCAUCCGGCACCGGCAUCUGGUCGCGCUCAUCGGAUACUGCGACGAGCAAUCCGAGAUGAUCUUAGUGUACGAGUACAUGGAGAAAGGGCCGCUGAGGAAUCACCUAUACGGCGGCGUUGGCGGGGCGAAUUCGGCGUGCCUGUCGUGGAAGCAGAGGCUGGAGAUAUGCAUCGGCGCGGCGCGGGGCUUGCACUACCUCCACACGGGGUACUCGGACAACAUCAUCCACCGCGACGUCAAGUCCACGAACAUCCUCCUCGACGAGGACUACGUGGCGAAGGUGGCCGACUUCGGGCUCUCGCGCCUCGGGCCGGCCUACGGGGAGACGCACGUGAGCACGGUCUUCGGGUACCUCGACCCGGAGUACUUCAAGACCCAGAAGCUCACCGACAAGUCCGACGUGUACUCGUUCGGGGUGGUGCUCUUCGAGGUGCUGUGCGCGCGGCCGGUGAUCGACCCGAACCUCGCGCUGGAGCAGAUCAACCUGGCGGAGUGGGCGCUGCACUGGCAAAGGAAGGGGCAGAUCGAGAAGAUCGUCGACCCGCGGCUGGAGGGGAAGAUCAAUCCGAAUUCGCUGCGCAAGUUCGGGGAGACCGCGGGGAAGUGCUUGGCGGAGUACGGCGUGGAUCGACCGACGAUGGCCGACGUCUUGUGGAAUUUGGAGUACACGCUGCAGCUGCAGGAGACGGAAUUGCGGAGGGAGCCGUUCGAGGAUAGCAGGAGCGCAGUGUCGGAUAUUCCGGUGGGGGCCGCGAUGGGGCGGAUGCCGUCGACGAGCAUGACCAUGAGCUACGGCGCUGCCGGCGAGUAUGACACCAGCAGGAGUACUGUGGUUUUCUCGCAGCUCAUGACCGAUCAGGGGAGGUGAUCAUAUAUAUAUAAAUAUAGAUAGACGAACAUCUUGAUCUCAAAAGACUCUUUGUUUUGUUUAGUUUCAAACUUAACUAAUAUUAGAUUAUGUAGUGUCAUGAGAAAAAAACCAUGUAAUGUGGUGUGACUACGAGAUAUCGGUCUAUCGGGUUUUUUUCUUGGUUGGGUUAUUAAUUAGCAAGUUGUAAGAGAAAGCAAUCUGAAAAUUCAAUAAAAAGAGGCAUAAAAAAAAAAAAAAACAAAAAGUUCUAUCA